AUGGUGAAAGAAGAAUGGCGUUUUAAGGAGAACAACGAAGUACAUGCAGCUGCAUCUUUGACAAUGAGAAACACCCUUGAGUUAAUCAUGGGUAACAUCGACGUUACACAGACAGGAAAACCGAUGAUUCAUCUUGGACAUGGUGAUCCUUCAGUUUACCCUUGCUUUCGAACAUCUCCAGUAGUAGAAGAUGCUCUGGUGGAAGCCAUUCGAUCUGCUAACUUCAACUGUUAUGCUACUGGAGCCGGAAUUAAUCCUGCAAGAAGGGCUAUUGCUGAGUAUCUGUCGAGAGAUAUUCCUUACACAUUAAAAACCGAUGACGUUUUGCUUACUGUUGGAGCAGAACAUGCUAUUCAUGUAUUACUAACUGUUCUUGCUUACCCUGGUGCAAAUAUACUCUUUCCUAAACCUAAUUAUCCGACAUAUGAAGCUCGAGCCAGAUUUAGUUCACUCGAGGUGCGUCAUUUUGAUCUCCUCCCAGACAAAGGUUGGGAAGUUGAUCUUGAUGGUGUCAAAAGAUUAGCAGAUGAGAAAACUGUAGCUAUAGUUCUCAUCAACCCAGGGAAUCCUUCUGGAAGUGUUUUCACAUAUGAGCAUAUGCGAAAGAUUGCAGAAACAGCAAGAGAACUUGGAAUUCUGGUGAUUGCAGACGAAGUUUAUGCCCAUCAAGUCUUCGGAGAAAAACCCUUUAUCCCCAUGGGAGUAUUUGGUGCAAUAGCGCCUGUUGUGACGAUUGGGACGUUGUCAAAACGAUGGAUCGUUCCUGGGUGGCGUUUUGGAUGGAUUGCAAUAACUGAUCCAGUUGGCGUUCUUCACAAAACUGGGAUUGUUAGUUCCCUGAAGAGUUGCCUAGUGAUAUCGGCAGAACCCCCCACUGUUAUUCAGGGAGCUAUUCCUCGUAUACUGAAGAACACGCCGGAAUCAUUCUUCGUGAAUAUUAACAAGUUACUAAAAGAAGCAGCUGAUAUGUUUUAUGAGAGACUUAAGGAGAUACCCCUUCUUGCAUGCCCACACAAACCCGAGGGAUCUAUGUUUGUCCUGGUGAAGUUAAAUCUAUCAGGGUUUUAUGAUGUAGUUGAUGAUACAGACUUCUGUAUGAAGUUGGCUAAAGAGGAAUCCAUGAUCCUUCUACCAGGGGAUGCUGUUGGCUUAAAAAACUGGCUUCGAGUGAGUUUUGCGGCAGAGCCAAAAGUACUAGAAGAUGCAAUUGGGAGGCUGAAAGCUUUUUGUUUGAGGCAUACAAAACAUUAUUAGUAUAAUACGUGCGACAAUUGAUUAUUGGAAUACCAAAAGUUGUUCAUAUAUGCAUGGUGAAUCUAGCUUGUUAUGCCGUAUUAAAACAUUGGUAACGUAUUUUGAGUUGAAUAUCCAGG